AUGCUGGCAGAUCCAAUAGCACUGGCCAGCCGUUUCUCGGCAGAGAUGCUUGCUCAAAGGCGGGGAAGCCUUUGCUUGAUGCGCAGCCGUGAUCCGAAAUUCCAGGCCGCCAUCCGUCGGCCAGCAUUGCCAGUGACAGUCGUAUCUUUCAUUUGA